AUGCGUGGGACCUUCGUUCUUUUGCUUUCUGCGGCGCUGGGCGCCGGCGCUUCACUCACCGAGUCCAAUCUGAAAUCUCAUGUCGAUGUGCUGGCACUCGACUAUGCUUUCAACCCUGUCAAGGCUUCCUACUGGACUGGAUACCCACAUCAUCGCCGGACUCCGUUUGCGGUGUCGCCCGAUGGGAAAUCAGCCUAUAUUGCGUACCUUGAUUCUAGUGCUACAGAUGUCCAUAUACAGCAGUUGGACCCUACUACUUUUUCUGCUACUGGAACCACUGUUACCAUCACCGGUGGAAAGGAAGCUGGAGGCCUUGUCGCCCACGAUGACGGGUUCGCACUGUUGACCAACGAAGCCAUGCCCUCAGGUACUGCCAACGCACCACCAAACGACACACCCGUCCCGGUACUGUAUCGCUACACUUCAGGCAAACAAGCAUGGAAGACCUGGCUUGGAGGACCUGGAGUGCACGAAUCUGAAGGCCUGUCCGCCUCUCCCGACCUAAACGGCGACCUGGUCUACUCCGAAAGCGCUGGCCUUUACGGUGCGUACUUCGUCGUCACCGAUUACUCCGGCGAUGCAUCGGGUCACUUUGGCGAUAGCGUGGAGUAUGUAUCUAAAAGCGGAACUCUUGAAACCAUCGCCGGCGCAUCGAGCGCCUGGGGAUGUAGUCACAACACCGGAAUCGCGUUUGAAGCAGCCGAUGACGCUCCGUUCGCCAGUAUCUGCGCCGAGGAUCAAGGCGCUAUCUGGUUGAAUACCAAGACGCAAGGUAUGACUACCGACGGUGUCAAGAUCUCGAAUGAGAAUACGACCAAUGGUGCCUCUGGCGAGCCUAUGGGUGGCAUGUCUGGUAGUUACAGCGUACUCUCUCGCUUUGCUGAGACUAGCAAGUACAUCUUCGCUUGGGUGUCUCGGGGCGCAAUGGAUGUGACAGAGAACAGCUGGAUGGGGAGUGGAUACACGAAUGUGCAGAACCGUACGAAUGCUCGCAAUGUUGCCAUCUCGCUGUUCUCUGAUAAGUAUACUAAAGUUGGGGCUCAAGCUACGUCUGAAGUUGGGGCUGAGGAUGGAGAUGGUCAGAUUACCUGGGUCACCUCUGGAUCGAAUGACUGCUCCAAUGCUCAUGCUGCAACCUUUGGGAGUAGCAAUGCGCUCAUCACCUGGGAAGAAAUCUCGAAUCCAACUUGUGAUUUCAUCGCUAUGGGAUGUCGGGGUCAGUUUGCCGGUACUCAGUUCCAACAGGUCGACUCGACAGGUAGCAAGAUUGGUGAUUCUUUCAGCAGCAGCGAUGUCUAUGUUGCUGGUGAUAUGGUUCCCAUGGAAGAUGGACGCAUAUGUUGGCCAUAUGUCAGCAUGACUUGGGAUCUAUCGCAUGCGAUUGAUGAAACUUCGUCUGCAAGUGUCAAGAAGCUGAGCAUUGCGUGUAUGGGUCUCGAGGGUGAUACUAGCGAAACCAAAAGUACCUCUUCUAGCAAGACGACUAGUGCCGCCACAAGUAUCACUGUGAGUGAGGCCGCGAGUGCAGUUACAAAAGCGGCUGCGAGCCAGACCAUUUCCAAUGCCCCGAGCGCGACUAGCCAAGACACAGUCGGGGCCGUGGCUGCAAUACCGGGUGGAGGUGACAGCGAUGCAUCGAGCGAUCCUGUGAUCGGGACUUCAAGCACGACUUCCAGUGAGAUCCCAACUCCCACUGUAAGCGCCUCUUCGACUGGCACUGCGGGUAAUAUUGUGGGCGGAAACGACGGCGAUACCCUAAGCAACACUUCGGCCGAGAUUCCCCGCAAGACCCCGACCACAGUUGGCAGUGAUACUUCAAGCGAUGAUCACAUCAACCCCUGGGGCAUGUUCCCAAGCGGUGUGUUUGAUGCACCUCCUAGCGGACUCCCGAGUGGCUUUCCGAAAGGACACGGGAAGGGCCAUGGACGAGGACACGGAAGAGGUCAUGGCAGGUACCAUGAGAGGUGGCCUGAGAUGGCAUAG